AUGGGUUCUUCAUAUUACUAUCAUGCAUGGGCUUUUAUGAGAGCAGUUAAAAAAUCUGUAUGUGGUAAAAGGAAAGCAGAACCUGUUGUGGUUAAAAGAGACAUUAAGAUGAGAAGGCUUGGAAGUGAUAAUCUGAAUAAAAAUGAUUCUAUUCAGAACUUUGAUCUUUUAAUUGCUCCGAAUCUCCGGUUUGUUGGGAAAGUUGGCAAGGCUUGUUCUUUUGAUGUGAUAAAAAAUAUUAAAUCGAAGCUUAGUUCUGAUCAGCUGUCUACAUUUAAGAGCAGUAGGUUUGGUUUGUAUUUGGAUAUUGGAAAAGAUGUAUUGAGUCUUAGGCUUAUACAUUCCAUACUGCUAAGGGAAGUCCAUCAUCCAAAUAUUGAUGAGCUGUGGUUUUACUAUGGUGGGCAAAACUUGCGUUUCAGUUUGUAUGAGUUUGGAUUGGUGAGCGGUCUUGUGUGCGGUGGGGACGAGUCCAGGUUUUCUGACUAUUUCACUGGUGGAACUUUUUUUGAUAAAUUUUUUAAUGAUGAUAAUAAGAUUAGUCGUUCUGUUAUUGAAUCGAAAUUUAAAGAUGCGGUGUGGGAGAAUGAUGAUGAUGCUGUAAAGUUCGCGAAGCUGUAUUUUGUUCAGUGUUUUCUGUUGGGUAGCCUUGAUAAUACAUUGAUCGACAGCCGAUUUAUUCAUCUACUGGACUGCCCUGAUUUUGAUGAUUUUCCAUGGGGAAAAUAUUCUUUUGAUUUAUUUGUUCAGUCUACCAAGAACAAGCUUUGGACCUUGUUGCAGGCAUCAAAACAAGCUACAUUUUAUCGAUUGUAUGGCUUUCCCUAUGCCAUUCAAUUUUGGUUCUAUGAAACUCUGACUACUGUGCCUGCUUUUUUGUGUUCGUUGAAUAAUGCUGCUGCGUAUCCUCGGUUUAUGCGUUGGAGUCCGAAGGAUAUGAGAAAGAUUCAAAACUUUGAUUUCAAAGUUUUUGAUGAUCCAAAUGAAAAGGUUAUAUCAAGUUCAAACAUUAAAGCCACUGCUUAUGAAUUAAGUGAAAAUAUUGUGUCUGGACUGAAUGAUCAAGAUUAUGUCUUUAAAGAAGAGGAAGCUGCUGCUGCUGUUAAUACUGAGGGUGAUAGUACUUUUGAAGUGGCGAAGUCUGCUUGCAUGAAGUUUGUUAAUGAAUUGAAAAAUUUGGUCUUUGAUAGUGGUAUUGAGUAUUCUGAUAUGGAGUUAGGUGUCAGAAAACAGAUUUAUGAUUGCAUAGAGAGCUUUGAAACUAAUCAAUUAGCUGACAUUUUCAAUGAUAAAUCUGUAAAGGUACGUGCUUAUGCGUUGUUUUAA